GGACUACCUGGGACUGUCUUACUUCCUGCUGAGUAAAUACUUUUAUUUGCUUUUGUUUCUUAGAUGGAGAUGAAACAUGAAUAGUAGAAAAACUGUGAUGAUCCCCUUUGAACGUUAUCAACGGCUUCUACGAAAUUCCGAGCAAGAUAGCAAACAAGAAGAAGAGAUUAGCGUUACUACUAAAGAAAGCAACGAGGAAUCAUUGGGGAAUAAAUUAAGUGAUACAGCGUCGAAACUAUCGGGUUCUAAGACAUUUGACAUUGAUAAAGCUGAUACUGAAAAGGACUCUGAAGCUUUACCCAAAAGAAAGGAGACUGUUAUCAUUCCACCUGGUAUACCCGAAAGGACGAACAAACGAAAAUCGACGAAAACUAGGGACGUGACCGUCCCAUUGAGAAAAAGAAAACGAGAUCCAAUUACUUCUCAAAGGGGAAGGGGCGCGGUAGCAGUCGCAGCAUCGACUAGUAAAACCAAGUGGAUAUCGCUCUAAUUCGAUAUGAGUCGACUGAUAAAUGAACAUAAAGCCUAUCUGGAACUAUUGGCUAAAACUAAGUCGAAGUCCCAGCGGAGUGCGUUGAUUAGGACAAUCUACCCGG